AGAAGCAGCGCUCAAGUUAGAAACAGUGUAAUUAAAUACAUGUGUAUAUUCAUUUCUUUUAAUCCUAGAAUUGAAUAUGUAUAGGAAGAACUCACAGGUAUCUUUCAGAAAACAAGUGAAUGGUGCUGUUCUCUCACAAUGUUUUGGACUGAUUUGUAGAAGUUGUGCUUCAAUCUAAAUGCAUGUGCUGAAUUGACUUAAGAUCCCCAGGUAAAUGCAGUACUUACAUGUUUUAGUAGUUUCUUUCACAUGAGAUUCAGACUCUCAGCCUGGCCCUGCCUGAGGAGAAAAGAACUGUUUCUCUUCCUCGCCUGUUGAGAUCAUGCUGACACACAGCAAUGUGAAGUAGUUACUGGAAGCUGGUGUGCAAGCCCCUGCAUCCACCUAACAGCUGGUGUGAGUCCUGGGAACAAGAAAUUGUCACCAAGAUGACUUGACUUCGUUAGCUAAAAUAUAACUAGUGGGCUAAAAUUUGACCAAGACAGCGGUCAUUAUUGAUAGCAGGUGUGGAAGCUCCCAUGGCACUAACAUCUGUCUUAUGUACUUACUGAAAAAAUCUGAGCUCCUGCAUCUUUACCAGCAGCAGCCUCCUUGCAGGGGAUGGAAGUGCUCUUAGUGCCUUUGUGGCACAGGCGGUGCGGUAACCUGCACAGCCCAUGGCAGGACACAGAACUAGGAUGGGCUUUUCCUUCUCCGCCUGAGGACAUCCCACCUGCUGAAGUAAGUCUGGCAGUCAUUCCUCCUGCAGAGACAAGUUGUUUAUGCACUCAUCAGCCUGCAGCAGUGCCUCUAUAUGCUGCCCAUGUUGCUGUAGCGCUGUUGGCCCCGUAAGCCCCGUGACCAGCCCAAACGGGCAGCCUUGUGUUCCCUGCUGCCUGCCCACCACUUUCCCUCCGUGGGAAGAAGCAGACUGUGGCAGUGCUCCUUCAUGUGCUGCCCAAACCCAGCACGUAGCAUUGGAGUGCUGGCAGGGCUGAGGUUGCACACUGCUGGCAGCUGCAGGGCUGUGGCCCCGGGGCCGCCCACACCGCUAAUGCCACGUGUCGCAGGCAGCCAGCUGUGACGAGGAGGGCAGUGGGGCUGCUGCUGCCUCCUCAAUUGUCGCAGCGCCUGCUGGGCAGACUUCCAACAGCGUGUCCUGUGGGCUGUGCUUCAUGUGAGGGUCCUGCAUCCCUCACAAGCUCCUCGUUCCCAGGCAUCUCUGUUGGUGGACCCUGGCCCAGCCCUGAGGGCAGGCAGUGCCCUGGCUGCUGCCAUGGAUGCUGCCAUGGAUGCUGCUGCUACUCCUGGCUUCUUGCGGGUCUCUGCCAUGUCCCCCUUUGGGCUCUAGGUCCUUCUCCACAGCUGAUGACAGUGCACACUAAUACUUAAUGUUCUGGUGAACAUCUACUGAAACAUGAAGGCCAAAGCCAAAGGGAAGAAGAAAAGGCAUACAGCUGAUAAAGAAGCCUUUUCUGAGGAGUCUGCAAUGAGAAAAAAGGAACUGGUGAAAUGCCUGCGGCACACAGAGAGGAAGAGUGGGGGAAGCAAGGAGAGCAGCAAGAUUGCUGCAGCCAGAGCCAAGCAUCCUUGGAGCAGUAAGGACAGACAUCUGAGGAGACUGGAAAGCAAUGAGCGGGAGAGGCAGAGAAUGCACAAGCUCAACAAUGCAUUCCAGGCCCUGCGGGAGGUCAUCCCUCAUGUGAGAGCUGAGAAUAAACUUUCCAAAAUAGAGACUCUCACACUGGCCAAGAAUUACAUUAAAUCGUUGACCUCCAUUAUACUCAAUAUGUCCAAUGGACACUGUCCAGCUGCAGAAGGGUUGGGGGGAUCCUGGGGGCCCAAACUGUACCAGCAUUAUCAACAGCAAUGUGGGGACGAUGAUCAUAGCCUCAGCAAAAAUACCUAG